AUGAUAGUUCAAGCAUUUUAUGGAUUCGUCACCGAUUCUCUCGGCCUUUUGAGCGAUAGUAUACAUAUGUUUUUCGAUUGUUUAGCACUUGGAGUGGGAUUAUUUGCUGCAGUUGCAAGUAAAUGGCCACCUAGUCAGAGGUUUCCAUAUGGAUUUGGAAAGAUUGAGAGUUUGUCGGGAUUUGGAAAUGGUGUAUUUCUCAUCAUUGAAAUUAUGAUAGAAGCGACUGAACGAUUAGCGGAAGGACGAGAAACGAAACGAUUAAUGGAACUUUUUGUUGUCAGUUCCUUAGGAUUGGCAGUCAAUUUGGUAGGCAUGGCUUGUUUUGGUCAUCAUCAUCAUGGACAUGACCAUGGCGAUCAUGAUCACGGACACGAUCAUGGACACGAUCAUGGACAUUCUCAUGGGCAUUCUCAUUCUCAUUCUCACGACUCUCAUUCCCAUGAUGGGCCUUGCGAACACGAUCAUAAAAAACAGCCAUCGAUUCUCCACGAUGAUCAUUCACAUUCACAUUCACAUUCACAUGGAGGUCAUUCGCAUGACAAUGAGAAUAUGAGAGGUAUCUUUCUUCAUGUACUCGCAGAUACAAUGGGCAGUGCUGCAGUCAUUGUCUCUACAAUUUUGAUCCAUUUUGUCGGAUGGUCUGGUUGGGAUCCUCUCGCAUCUUGUCUCAUUGCUGUUCUUAUCUUCCUUUCCUCAAUCCCUCUGGUCAAAAGUAGUGCCAAGAAGUUACUUCUGACCAUUCCUGACGAUACCGAAUACAACCUACGAAAUACAUUAACUGGCGUGAGUGACUUGCGUGGAGUUCAGGCUUACACUGUUCCAAAGUUUUGGCUAGGCGAUAAGAACCAAACGGUAUUAGGAGUCAUGCAUGUUGUCGCAACUAGAGGAUCGGAUCUUGAAGAUGUUUUGACGAGAACGAGAGCAUUCCUUUUGAGUAAAGGGGUAGAUGUUGUGGUUCAGGUUGAGAAAGAUGGAGAUGGCAUUUAG